AGCAAGUCGAUGAGGAGGCGCAGGAAGCACGCUGAAACACUGGGCUGCGGCAAGCUGUGCGACGUCUUCUGCGGCCGGCCUGGGCAGGUGUCUUCCUCGGGAGGCAGGCAGGGGAUCCCGGACGUGAGUCCGUGCAGUUGGGAUGCUGUGUUCUUGGCUCCUUUGUGAAUGUCUGUUGCUAGUAGCUGGUUAUGCUCAUGAUGAUGACUGGAUUGACCCCACAGACAUGCUUAACUAUGACGCUGCUUCAGGAACAAUGAGAAAAUCGCAGGCAAAAUAUGGUAUUUCAGGGGAAAAGGAUGUCAGUCCUGACUUGUCAUAUGCUGAUGAAAUAUCAGAAUGUUAUCACAAACUUGAUUCUUUAACUUAUAAGAUUGAUGAGUGCGAAAAGAAAAAGAGGGAAGACUAUGAAAGUCAAAGCAAUCCUGUUUUUAGGAGAUACUUAAAUAAGAUUUUAAUUGAAGCUGGAAAGCUUGGACUUCCUGAUGAAAACAAAGGCGAUAUGCAUUAUGAUGCCGAGAUUAUCCUUAAAAGAGAAACGUUGUUAGAAAUACAGAAGUUUCUCAGUGGAGAAGACUGGAAACCAGGUGCCUUGGAUGAUGCACUAAGUGAUAUUUUAAUUAAUUUUAAGUUUCAUGAUUUUGAAACAUGGAAGUGGCGAUUUGAAGAUUCCUUUGGAGUGGAUCCAUAUAAUGUGUUAAUGGUACUUCUUUGUCUGCUCUGCGUCGUGGUUUUAGUGGCUACCGAGCUGUGGACAUAUGUACGCUGGUACACUCAGUUGAGACGUGUUUUAAUCAUCAGCUUUCUGUUCAGUCUAGGAUGGAAUUGGAUGUAUUUAUAUAAGCUAGCUUUUGCACAGCAUCAGGCCGAAGUCGCCAAGAUGGAGCCAUUAAACAAUGUGUGUGCCGAGAAGAUGGACUGGACUGGAAGUAUCUGGGAAUGGUUUAGAAGUUCAUGGACCUAUAAGGAUGACCCAUGCCAAAAAUACUAUGAGCUCUUACUAGUCAACCCUAUUUGGUUGGUCCCACCAACAAAGGCACUUGCAGUUACAUUCACCACAUUUGUAACGGAGCCAUUGAAGCACAUUGGAAAAGGAACUGGGGAAUUCAUUAAAGCACUCAUGAAGGAAAUUCCAGCGCUGCUUCAUCUUCCAGUGCUGAUAAUUAUGGCAUUAGCCAUCCUGAGUUUCUGCUAUGGUGCUGGCAAAUCAGUUCAUGUGCUGAGACAUGUAGGCGGUCCUGAGAGAGAACCUCCCCAGGCACUUCGGCCACGGGAUAGGAGACGGCAGGAGGAAAUUGAUUACAGACCUGAUGGUGGGGCAGGUGAUGCAGAGUUCUAUUAUAGAGGCCAAACUGGCCCCAUUGAGCAAGGCCCUUAUGCUAAAACAUAUGAGGGUAGAAGAGAGAUUUUGAGAGAGAGAGAUGUUGACUUGAGAUUUCAGACUGGCAACAAGAGCCCUGAAGUGCUCCGGGCAUUUGAUGUACCAGACGCAGAGGCACGAGAGCAUCCCAUGGUGGUACCCGGUCAGAAAUCACCUGUUUUGGAUACAAAGCCCAAGGAGAUAGGUGGAAUCCUGGGGGAAGGCACACUGAAAGAAAGCAGUACUGAAAGCAGCCAGUCUGCCAAGCCUGUCUCUGGCCAAGACACAUCGGGGAAUACAGAAGGUUCACCUGCAGUGGAAAAGGCCCAGCUCAAGUCUGAAGCUGUGGGCAGCCCAGACCAAGGCAGCACAUACAGCCCCACAAGUGGUGUGGCUGGACCAUGUGGACAGGAUCCAGUCAGCAGCCCCUGUGGCUAGAGGAACACCAGCACAAACGACAGCCUCAAGUCUCCUCCGAGCUCUGUAAAGUAUACUCUUCACUCUCUUUCUCUUCUCUGCAAGUAUUCUGAUUACUACAAAGGUGCCAACUUCAACAUUCACAUUUUUACUGACAAUUAGAAUUAACAAACACAUGUAUGUAUAUAAAAGCUUUUAAUUUCAUCUUCUCUUUGAUAUUUACAUCCCAUAAAGUAGGAAGUGUUUAAGAUGAACAGAUGGCAGGCAUCACUGAUUCUGGAUAGUUAAGGAGACCAGUUUGAAUUGGGGACAUUGAAAAAGAAAUUUUAUUGUUAUAGGCACUUACAGGAACGAACCCACUAACCAACUUACGUUGCCUAGUGGAAUCCACUAGAGUUCAGGCCACCCACUUGGUGCCUCCAGCAUCUUCAUGCAGCCAUGGAGUGUCGUUACCAGGAUCAGUCUGACUGACACCUCAGCUUGUCUCUAUGUAGCCUGCCCACAGGUCAUUGUGGCUUCGUAGUUUCAUCUUUUCUGCAGCUAUUACUACACCUGCAUCCUUAUUGUCACUUUUACUUUAUGUUUACUUAGAGAAAACUGAAGACUGCCAGGGCAAUUUAGAUAACAUUGGUAAUCUGUUUUACAGAGUCAGUUGACUGAAAAUGACAUUAUUCUUUUCCCCCACCAAAUGAAGUAUAUGGGCUUUUUAUAAGACCUAUUUUUCAUGUUACUCAGAAUCCUAGCAUAUUAUCAUAUCUUAAUUUAUAUUAUAGCAGAUCAUAUUGUCUUGUCCAUAGGAAGUUUGCAUUUUUAGAAAUCUGUACACAGAGAAUACCAUAAUGAGGAAGAAAAGUUGGGUGUCUUCCUUAACUGCAGACAGGACAUCAGUCAGCACUUUACAUUAGUCUUUCUUGUUAUCAAAAGCAUUCCUCAUUUUAAACUGUUUAAAAAGCAAUUCAUAAAUUUUGUACCUGUCCUUAGCAGAUUUCACAGACAUCAGGUGUCCUUCGUUUUAACCAUAUUCACACUACAAGAUUUCACAGACAUCAGGUGUCCUUUGUUUUAACCAUAUUCACACUACAAGAUUUCACAGACAUCAGGUGUCCUUUGUUUUAACCAUAUUCACACUACAAGAUUUCACAGACAUCAGGUGUCCUUUGUUUUAACCAUAUUCACACUACAAGUUAUGUUCAACUGCUUACUAAAAAUGAUACCAGUCAGGAAUAAAGUCUUUAAAUUUUCAUGCAGAUAUUUGUAUCCCAAGCACUUGCUUUUUCAUUUUAAUACGAAAUGCAGAAUGCACAUUUUUGGAUCCAGGAAGUGUUACUUAUGUGCCUGUAACAAUUUAAUUUUAGGCCAGGCGCAGUGGCUUAUGCUUACAAUCCCAGCAUUUUGGGAGGUCGAGGGAGGAUGAUGGCUUAAGCUCAGGAGUUCAAGGCUAUCUACUAAAAAUAAAACUAGCCAGGCAUGGUGGUACACACCUGUAGUCCCAGCCACUUGGAGGGCUGAGAGAAGAAGAUGGCGAGGUGGCAGUGAGUUAUGAUCUAGCCACUGUACUCCAGCCUGGGUGACAGGGCAAGACCUUGUCUCAAAAAAAAUUAUACAUGUUAAUAUAUUCUAGUUUAAUAUUGCAAACAUCUUUAGUAUUUCAUCAGAAAGGUUAUUUUUUCUAAGAAGUGCAAAAGGAUUUUAAGAUUUUUAACACAGAGGGCAUAUAACAAAUGAAUCCUGACAGACACCUGCAGUUUAGAAUAAGUUUGUGAACAUCCAUGCAUAUAAAGUAGUCCUCUGGGGACAAGACAUGUUCACACUGACCCCAAGGUGAGAGCUGUCUUUUGAACUGUGAUCCGACUCUGAAAAGUAGUGAAUGCCCCAGGUGAUAGACUGUAACUGUGAAUGGAAUUAAAGCUGCUUGCAUGCCUUUUAAUCCAAAAACAAAUUCUUUUAAAAAAAUUUUAAAUAAAAUUUCACCUCUGUAUUCUUUCAUUACAGAUAUCCAUUUGGGGAUGAAAUCUACUUUGACAGCUAGCAAGGCAACGUGCAGCUGCUGUUGAAUGACGACAGCAAUUCAGGAAAGACUUAAAUAUGAAAGCAAAUUGAACACAUCAGGGCCAGUUUAUUAUCAGAAAAGAGAUAAGGCUUAUUGACUAGCCAAUAUGUCAUUAAAAUUAAGGUUUAUAGUGUGAAGCUUUUUUAAAAUUUAAUUUUGAGAGUUUUGCUCUGUCGCCCAGGCUGGAGUGCAGUGGCGCAACCUCGGCUCACUGCAACCUCCACCUCCCAGGUUCAAGCGAUUCUCCUGCCUCAGCCUCCCAAGUAGCUGGGAUUACAGGUGUGCGUCACGAUGCCUGGCUAAUGUUUGUAUUUUUAGUAGAGACGGGGUUUCGUCAGGCUGGUCUCGAACUCCUGACCUCAAGUGAUCUGCCCUUGUCGGCCUCCCAAAGUGUUGGGAUUACAGGCGUGAGCCAUCGUGCCCAGCCUAUAUAGUGUGAAGCUUUUAGGAAAAUCAGAACAGGGUAGAUAGACAGCUAUUAAAAACAAUGUUUAAAUGGAAUAAUGUUGAAUGUUUACAGGCUGUAAGAACUAUUAUAUACACAAAAUAAACUUUUUACAUUGUGGUUUGGUA